GGGUGCAUGCCAAAAGGAAAGCACGUUUAAGUGCUGUGAUUUAUUUCUUAUUCAUGGAACCCAAUAUGGCAUCUUGCAUGAGGAGCUUGUUUUCUGACCACAGCAGAUACGUUGAAUCUUUCCGGAGGUUUCUAAACAAUUCCACGGAACAUCAGUGCAUGCAGGAAUUCAUGGAAAAGAAGCUGCCAGGCAUAAUAGCAAGGAUUGGAGAAACAAAAGCAGAAAUUAAAAUUCUGAGCAUAGGCGGAGGUGCAGGUGAAAUUGACCUUCAGAUUCUCUCCAAAGUCCAGACUCAGUACCCAGGCAUCUGUAUCAACAAUGAAGUUGUUGAGCCAAGUGCUGAGCAAAUUGUCAAGUACAAAGAGCGUGUAGCCAAGACAUCAAAUAUGGAGAAUGUAAAAUUUGCUUGGCACGAGGAGACAUCAUCUGAAUAUGAAAAACGAAUGCUGCAAGAAGAACCUAGAAAGUGGGACUUUAUUCAUAUGAUUCAGAUGCUGUAUUAUGUAAAGGAUAUCCCAGCUACCCUGAGAUUCUUCCAUGGUCUCUUAGCUGCCAAUGCUAAGAUUCUUAUUAUUCUUGUGUCAGGAACUAGUGGCUGGGACAAGCUAUGGAAAAAGUAUGGACCCCGCCUACCCAGGGAUGACCUCUGCCAGUAUGUCACUUCCUCUGAUCUCACUCAGAUACUGGACGAACUGGGGAUUAAGUAUGAGUGUUAUGACCUUUUGUCCACUAUGGACAUAACAGACUGCUUUAUUGAGGGCAAUGAAAAUGGAGACUUGCUUUGGGAUUUUUUGACAGAAACGUGCAACUUUAGCAAAACAGCACCACCGGAUCUUAGAGCAGAAAUUAUGAAAGAUCUUCAAGAACCUGAAUUUAGUGUUAAGAAAGAGGGGAAGGUACUUUUUAACAAUAACCUGAGUUUUAUAGUGGUUGAGGCAUAACUAUAAGUCAUGAGUGUUCAGAACUUAUAUUUUGAACAAUUGUUUAUUAUAUAUUGAUUUACAUAUCACACACAUAUUUACAUACUAAAGGAAAAAUUAAUCUUAUAGUAAGUAAAAUAUACAUUCUUUUCUCUUAUAAAUGAUAUCUACAAACUUACAAGACAUUCUUGGGUUUCCACCAGAAUCAUGUGGGUUACUUCCAGUUAUAUCUUGUCUAGUUAAACACUACCUAACUGAAAACAUAUGGCUUGAGUUUCAUUGGUUUACUGAUAAUAAGAUCCUUUCCAUUUUCUUA